UUCUUUCUCUCUCUCUCUCUCUCUAGAAUUACAACAAAAUUAUUCAAAUUUUGAGACACAUUCUAUUAUCAUCAUUAUUAUUUCAAUGGCUCCUAUGACCCUUCCUCCAGGGUUUCGCUUCCACCCGACAGACGAAGAACUUGUCGCUUACUAUUUGGAUAGGAAGAUCAAUGGCCGCUCCAUCGAGCUUGAGAUCAUUCCUGAAAUCGACCUUUAUAAAUGCGAACCCUGGGAAUUACCCGAUAAGUCGUUUCUGCCGAGCAAAGAUAUGGAGUGGUACUUCUAUAGUCCUCGGGAUCGGAAGUACCCUAAUGGGUCGAGAACGAAUCGGGCGACGAAAGGCGGGUAUUGGAAGGCCACUGGGAAAGACCGAGUGGUUCAGUCGCAGAAGCGAGCAGUUGGGAUGAAGAAAACUUUGGUGUAUUAUAAAGGAAGAGCUCCUCACGGGGUUAGAACUAAUUGGGUUAUGCACGAAUAUCGUCUUCUCCAUUCUCAACUUGCCACGGCAGCAACCUCGUCUCCUUCGACCAAGGACUCCUAUGCAUUGUGUCGUGUAUUCAAGAAGGCAACUAUAGUACCGAAAACGGUUGGGGAAAAGACAAAUGGGGUCGACGCCGAAGCACCGGUUUGGCCAGACGAGCAAGACAUGCAGAUUGAUGACGGUGGUGGUGCACCGGAAAGUUCGAGAGGAGGGAUAGAAAGCAAUGAAGAUGGUGACAGUUUUGAUCAUUUUCUUUAUGAAUAUAACCCUAAAAUCUUCAGCUCUGAAAACUCCUCCUCCGAUCUCACACAAGGAAAUGUCGCGGAUGAGUUGCCGGUGCCGGUGACCUCCGAUAAUGAAGCCAAUAGUUCAGCUGAUAAUCUGUAUCCAAUCCACAUUGAUUGCCCUUCAAAUUAUAUGCAGAUUCCAAACAAUUUUAUUGACCACGAGAAUAAUAUUCACUAUCAACAUCCUUACUAUCCACCGUUAGAGGUCGAGGACUUCCCUCAGCUAAACAUAAUGGGGGAAACAAAGUCGUUAAUGAAGCCAGAGUGCAUCGACGAGUACAUGAAGUCGUUCGAUAAGUUCAGAGACUCCAUGAAUGGAAGUUUAGAGGAGAUUUUGUCACUGUGUAGUCUGCCCAAUAUGCAUGAAGAUAAUCAUAAUCUCCAACAACACUCUUCCUUAUUACAGUAACGUAAAAGAAAAAUACACAAAAUUUCCAUUAUUACUUAAUUACGUUUACUGUACAUUAUAAAUUUACCAACAACACUUAGAUAUUCAAUUUUACACCAAAAUGAUAUCAUCAAUCUCCAAAAUAUUAUGAAGAGAGAGACAGAGAAUGAAAGAUUUUAUUUUUGUAUGUCGAGAGAGAGCUGACCAAUUCAUAAUAUUAUAAUUUAGGGGAUUAUUCUUCCAUGUAAUGGGUUUUUUUUAAGGCAUUUACAUGUGUAAUAGAGUGAAGGUUUGUUUAUCC